GACGCUGUUCAGGGCCUCAGCCCUGGCAGGGUGAGAAGUGAGUUUUCUCUGUUGCCCUCAGCACCCUCUCCCCCAGCGCCGGUACUGGGGGUGUCCUGCUGCACGAGGACAGGUCCCACCUGCUGCACGUUGAUCUUGGAGACUCAGCAGCUGGGAUCGGGGGUCGUGGGGAGGGCUGCGCCCUCCCGUGUGGGACCCCAGCUCCAGCGGGCCUCUCAAGGAGCCAGAGGAUGAACGCACCGGGGGCCUGGCUCCUGUGCCUGCUGCUGCUGGGCCUGGCCCACCAGCACUCCACGGAGCUCCGCACCCCCGACAUCAAUCCUGCCUGGUACACGGGCCGUGGAAUCCGGCCUGUGGGCCGCUUUGGCCGGAGGAGAGCAGCCCUGGGGGAUGGACCAAAGCCUGGCCUCCAGCGCCCGCCGGCCUGCUUCCCCCUGGCAGGAGGCGCUGAGCCCUCCCAGGGGGGCUGACAGCUCAGCUCCUCCAGGAAUAGCCCCAGGGGCCUGUCUCCAGACCCCCGCCCCCUCCUCCACAGGCUACGUCCCCUUCAGUCCCAAUAAAAGCAGCUGGCCUUGUU